AAUGGAAUGUAGGUGUAUCUAGAUGUAUGGCUUAUAGGGCAAAGGCCAUUGCUUCAGACAAUGUUGAUGGGUCUUUCAAAGACCAAUAUAGAAGGAUUUAUGAUUAUGCCAAUGAGGUUUUAGCUCGUAAUCCAGGAUCCACAGUAAAAGUCAAAGUUCAAGAGAAUGUGGAUGGAAUCAGUUUUAUGAGGUUUUAUACAUGUCUAAAGGCCUGCAAGGAUAGUUUUGUGUCCUGCAGGCCAAUAAUUGGGUUGGAUGGUGCUUUUCUGAAAGGAAAGUAUGGUGGUGAAAUGUUAACUGCUGUUGGUAGAGACGCAAAUGAUCAAAUGUUACCUCUUGCGUAUGCCGUGGUCGAAGUAGAGAACAAGGAUACUUGGAAAUGGUUCCUCCAAUUUCUGGUUGAAGAUCUCGGUGGGGAGGAAGUAAGUUCAUCAUUUACAUUCAUGUCGGACCAGCAAAAGGGACUACUACAAGCUGUACAAGAAGUAGUGCCUGGAGUUGAUCAACGUUUCUGUGUUAGGCACUUAUACGCUAAUUUUAGAAAGAAAUUCCCUGCAAAACAACUCAAGCGUUUGAUGUGGAAGACAGCUACAGCAACCCAUCCACAAGCAUGGGAAGCAGAAAUGAGAAAUAUUAAACAGCUUAACGAUGAGGCUUUCAAAUACUUGUUAAAAAUCCCUCCCAGGUACUGGUCAAGAUCAAGAUUUAGCAGCAAGGCUCAGUGUGAUACUUUGGUUAACAACUUGUCGGAGGCUUUCAAUAGUGUAAUGGUGCAUACAAGGUCUAAGCCAAUCGUAACCAUGAUGGAGGAAAUCCGGCUUUACUUGAUGAAGAGAUGGGCAACUAACAGGACAAAAAGUCAAUCACUUUCUGGGAACAUUUGUCCAAAAAUCAAGAGUAGACUAAAGAAGGAGUCUCAGUUAACUAAAUAUUGGAUACCGUGCUGGUCAGCAAAAAAGAUUUUUGAAGUUCGCCAUGUGUCCCAAGCCGGUGACAAAUUUGUAGUCAAUUUAGAUGAAAAUUUGUGUACAUGCAAGAAGUGGGAAAUCACUGCCAUACCAUGUUGCCACUCGUUAGCUGCUAUGAAAUUCCUAAAUCUUGAUGCAGAGACCCAAAUCUCGCUUCUCCCUCUACUAGGAAUUCGAACCAAAGGGUGCAUUCCCUGUGUGCUACCGAACCUGUCACCACGUCCAAACCGGCCACCGCACCAUUACCCUCGUUCAGUCUCCGCGCCACCACUUCCUCGAGCCAGCCACCGCGCCACCGCACCACAGCUUUCUUGGUCUUCUCUCUCCGACACCGGCAAACCAGGACGCCACCCGUUGCCGCGCCGAGCUUCUCCCCUCCUUCUCUUCUCCGCUUCACACUGUUAUCUUAAUCUAGGACUCAAGAUGGGUCUGGAGGUGGUUGCGAUGAAGGAAUGGGUUUCUAUGUAG